ACUGGCAAUUGGACGUAAAUCUGCUGCUGGAUCGACGGACGUUGGCUUCGGCCAAAGCUACGGAUAGAAAUUGCCUUAUUGUGAAGUUUUGGUAGUGGGCCGUCUUUCUGCAGCCUCUGGUUCAAUUUCUUUACAAUUAUGGUUUUUGCUUGCCAAAAUGAUAGCUAUGCUAGAAAGCUCCCUGCUACAGUUGUCAGCUGCUCUCCUGCUGAAGGUCAAGUAAUUUUGGAGGGCAAGAAGACAAAGGUCAAGGGAUAUGAGGUCAUUCUGGAUGACACAAUAUUGUUCCCAGAAGGAGGUGGUCAGCCUGACGACCGUGGCACGAUCGGCUCGUCGGAGGUGCUGCGCGUCACCAGACGCGGCGCCGAGGCAGUCCACUUCGUCCGUGACCCGCUGACGCCGGGCGACGUGGUGGAGGUCACAGUGGACUGGUGUCGCCGCUGGCACCAUAUGCAACAACAUUCCGGUCAGCAUUUGAUCACCGCCAUCCUGGACCAGCUGUAUGGCUUCCAGACCACCUCCUGGGCGCUGCGAGACACCGUCUCAUUCAUCGAGAUCGACGCCGCCGAGCUGUCACGUGACCAGCUGGAGGCGGCCGAGCGGCGCGCCAAUGAGCUGAUCCGGGAGGCGCGCCCCGUCCGGGUCACGGUUCACCAGCCCGGUGACCCCCAGCUGGCCGGGGUCAGGGCGCGUGGCCUGCCCGACGACCACACGGGCGCUGUGCGUAUCGUCAGCAUGGAGGGCAUCGACGACAACAUGUGCUGCGGCACGCACGUCAGCAGCCUGGCGCAUCUGCAGGCCGUCAAGCUGCUGCAGGCAGAGCGGGGCAAGAAAGGACGCACCAACGUCCACUUCGUGGCCGGCCAGCGGCUGCUGGACCACCUGGGCGAGACUGCUGGCCGGGAGGCCCACCUCAACACCGUGCUGAGGUGUGGUCCUGCCGAGCACGGCACGAUCCUGGACAAGUGGCAGCGCUCGCUGAAGACCAGCCAGCGCGCCUGCCGCCAGCUGCUGCGUCAGCUGGCGCAGGCGGAGGUGACGCGCUUCCGGUCGGCGGCGCCGCCGCUCGGCUUCCUCUCGGUCCACCAGCCGGCCGGCGACGCCGAGUUCAUGGCCACCGUGGUGUCGCUGCUCGACGACGAGACGGUACUGGCGGUGGUGACGGUCGGGGGCGAGGACGGCGGCGCCGGCUCCCUCCUGGUGCGCGGCCCGGCCGAGCUCGUCAGCCGCGUCGCGCCCAAACUCUGCCAGCUCAUGGACGGCAAGGGGGCCGGGAAGAACGGCCGGUUCACCGCCAGGCUGGCCUCCCUGAAGCGGCGCCCCGAGGCCGAUGACGUCAUACGACAAGAGAUAACGUCGGUCGAGAGCUGAGCGGUGUCCCUAUGGGCAGUGGGAGCGUCAUCUGACCGAUCUGUCACUGGCUGAUAACGGAGUGACGUCAUUGUCGAGGGGCUAUGUCAUUGGUGGAUGUCGCGCGUUGGCGGAAAACAAUUGACCGGCGUCAGAUUUGCUCAGUACAUUGUCAUUUGUCGGAAUGGGCAGUCGUUCCCCGUGUGCAAUAGUUACUGCCUUCAAAGUGAUCGCUAUGGAUUGCCAGUAGCCAUGACUAGGUUGUGCUUCUGUUUCUCAUGCUGAUCACGGUGCGGAUUACAAGCAGCCGUGGAUA